GCUGAGGAGAAGGCGCCGGACGACGCCAGUUGGCUGUGGAGGCGCUCUGGUCUCGAAGUGGGGCGGAGAGAGUUCAGAGAGCGCUGUUCUCAGUGUGCUGCUGUUUCUUGGGGUCUUACUGAUGAAGGCAAAUAUUAUUGCACUUCUUGCCACAAUGUUACAGAAAGAUCUAGGGAAGUUAUAGACACUGGGGCUAUUCCUAAUACUAAAAUACAAGCCAUCAACCGGGGACUUAAAAGAAAACGAAAACUUGAGAAAGGCUGGGAUUGGUAUGUGUGUGAAGGUUUUCAGCACAUACUUUAUCAACAAGCAGAAGCCUUACAGAGCCUUGGAGUAGGCCCAGAGUUAAAGAAUGAAGUUUUGCAUAAUUUUUGGAAGCGCUACCUUCAGAAGAGCAAGCAGGCAUAUUGUAAAAACCCAGUUUAUACCAGCAGAAGGAAAAGUACGGUAUUAGAAGAUAAUUCGAGCCAUUCAGACUGGGAGAGUGAGCCUGAGCUACUGAGUGACGUGAGCCGACUGUCUUUUGGAGAAAGUGGAUCAGAGUCUCAGCCUGAUGUCCGCACUCCAAAGCCUUUCCCCAUCAUCAAAGCGUCACACUCAGAAACGACCUCUGUCUGUUCCGGGUCUCUUGAUGGAGUGGAAUAUUCGCUGCGGAAGGAGAAGGGGGUCAUGAAGAUGAGCGUACCACGGACGCUAGCCUUCUGCUAUCUGUCAUUACUUUGGCAGAGAGAGACAAUUACUCUUUCAGAUCUUUUGAGAUUUGUUGAAGAGGAACAUAUUCCUUACAUACAUGCUUUUCAGCAUUUUCCAGAAGAGAUGAAAUUAUAUGGACGUGACAAAGGAAUCUUUGCCAUAGAGUGUUGGCCUAACUAUGAAGUUAUCUUUAAAAAAAUAAUUGAAGUUGCCACAUUUUUAGAUUUGCCGCGUUUUCCAGACAUAACUGAAAACUGCUAUCUUCAUCCAAACAUCUUGUGUAUGAAAUACUUGAUGGAGGUCAAUCUCCCUGAUGAAAUGCAUAAUUUAACCUGCCUAGUGGUAAAAGCGACUGGAAUAGGAGAAGUGGAUUUUCUAAGAUUUGAUCCUAUAGCUAAAAAGGCAAAAACUGUUAAAUAUGAUGUGCAAGCUGUAGCUGUCAUUGUAGUGGCAUUGAAACUGCUCUUUUUAUUGGAUGACAAUUUAGAAUGGUCUUUGUCUAAUAUUGCAGAGAAAUAUAAUAAAAAGAACAAAGAAGAUAAACCAUGGUUUGAUUUCAGAAAAUGGUACCAAGUUAUGAAGAAAGCUAUUGAUGAGAAAAAACAAAAGUGGGAGGAAGCCAGGGCAAAGUUUCUGUGGAAAGGUGAAAAGCCACUCUACUACUCAGCCAUUGACAGGCCAGUGGUGUAUAAAAGAAGAGAAAUGGUGGUGAGUCUACAGAAACAGUUUAGCACACUGGUGGAUUCAGCACCAAACAUUGAAAAAAAAAAGCCUUCAAGUUUUCAGUUCAACUGGACUGAAGAGGACAGCGAGAGGCCUUGUUUCCAUAGUCAUAGCCUCCAGGGAGUCCUGCAGCAGAAAGGCCAGUCCCUGAGAACCAAGAAUUCCCUCUACUGGCUGAGUACUCAGAAGUUCUGUAAAAGCCAUUGUAAGCAUGUGACAACCUAUGAAGAAUCCAAUUUUUCUCUGAGUUACCAGUUUAUACUAAAUCUCUUCUCCUUCUUGCUGAGAAUAAAGACUUCCUUUCUCCAUGAAGAAGUGAGCUUAAUAGAAAAGAGACUUUUUAAAGCAAAAUAUAAUAAAACAAACAAGAAAUCUUCAAGAUCCAGGAAAGCAAGAAAAUACUGAAAGAAAUAAGUGGAAACUUGUCAGGGAAAACAUUUUAAUAAUGAAAGUAAUGUCAUUGUAAUAUAAACUUCUAGAGAAUGGUGAAAAAUAGUGUUUUAUUGCAUACAUGUACAUACAUACAAAUACCUAUAUCAAACAAAAAUGUAUGUUGGAAAACAGGUGAAAUUUAUUUGAAUUUAGUUUUAAAUUAUGAAUGUUCUCAUUGUUAAAAUGUUAAGUAAAUGGUAACCAGAAA